AUGCCGGUCAUUCCACCACGCCAGAAAAGGUCACAGAGACCAGAAACCGACUCUAAGCGCUGGCUUCCCCAAGAGGCUCAAGAUUCCACGCCGGGGCACCUGCCGCUGUACGAUAUGCGUGUGCAACGCAUUGAUGGCUAUAAGAAAACUGAGAAGAACCACAACCGUUUCUGGUAUGGACAGGAUGGAUCAUGGCGCCAUAUGCACAAGGCACCACCGGCCUACGGCUACAUCGUCCAGCUACACAACCCGUCGUCUUCCAUUGCGCCCGCAGCGCCCUGCCUCAGCUUCCUGUCGACUAUGUACAGCGUUCUCUGUUUCGUCCUUCUAGCCGCCAUCCUCAUAACUGCCGCAAAAGCACCUCCGAAACGGCGCGGCCGAGGGAGGCUAUAG